UUCCAUCUCUUGGUUGGAUCAUCUUGCCAUAUCUCAAGGGUCUCUGCUAACCAUCGCCUUGAGACCUCGACGUUGCGUUAAAGCAGCUGCCGGAUUCAAUCGAAAACCCGCCCGAGGACAACAAAACAUCCCCUCUCUUUCCCUCAAAAGCAGCAGCAGCCCACCAUGAAGUUCUCCUGCACCGCUGCCCUCGCCCUCAGCGGCGGCGCGCUCGCCCUGCAAGCGGGAUGCUUCUCCGAGCACAGCCAGCAGCUCGCCGGGUACUCUGACUGCGGCCAGCACGUCUCGCUCGAGUACUGCCUGUCGACGCUGACCUACGACGACACCGCCAGCGACCUCGAGGCCUGCUACACCAACGCUGGCUGCUCCCUCGCCGAGGCCGCCGCCGAGGCAAAGUACGCGCUGAAGCGGUGCGACGAGCUCGCCGACAUGGGCGACCUCAAGAAGCGGUACCGCGGCGUCCUCGGCAGCCCCGUCAAGACGCUCGCCGCCCACAACGCCCGCAACGCCGCGCCCCUGCCCACCCACUGGGUCCGCGACAGCAGCAACCUCCAGUGCAAGGUCACCUCCACCGUCAAGACGUCGUCGUGCGACAUCUCCACCAACAGGGGCGUCCUCAAGACGCUGUCCUGCGUUCCCACCGAGGUGGCCAAGGCCGACUGCGCCCCGGGCCUCAUGUGCUCCAUGGACUCCCUCGGCGAGACCGUCUGCAUGAAGAAGAAGAACAGCCUCGACAUUGGCGGCGUCAUCAUCGCCAUCAUCUUCGGCGUCGCCAUCGUCGUCGCAAUCACCUUCCUGACCUUUGCCUGCUGCCGCGAGAGCCGCCACCAGAAGCAGCUCGAGGCCCGUGCCGAGGCCACCGCCCUCGCCCGCGCCCAGACCAAGAAGGCCCGCGCCGCCGAGACCCGCGCCCCCCUCAUGCGCCAGGAGGGCCCCGAUCCCUUUGCCGACCGGAACCAGUCUUAG